AUGAAAUCGAAAUCUCCGACCUACGGCGGCUCAGGAGCCCUGAUCGCUCUUUUCUUCUCCAUCCAUACUUUUGUCUGGGUUGGGUCAUGCAUUCUCCUGCUCACAGUCGCGCUUGUGUCGAAUAUCCGACGCCAUCCUAUUUGGGUCAAUAUGAAGCUAAGCUGGAUCUUUGCCUGUUUCUCAUUUGCAUUCCUCUUAACCACAGGACAACUCUAUAAAAGUGAACCAAUUUUUGCGAUAUGCCUGGUUCAAGCCGCGGCAGUUUCUUCCGUGCCCAUUCUUACCUCAGGCACGACGUUGGCUCUGGCUAUAUUUCUUCUCCUAGCCACCAGGCCAGGACCAGAUGCUGGAGGGAAAAUGGAUAGGACGCGUGUGACGGCACUCGUCUGUGUUCCAUAUAUUUUACCGAUAGGCAUGUUCAUUUUUGUAUUGGUUUUUGGCUUGCGGGAUAGAGGACAGGUCACACUUGCGAAGGAUUGGAUGGUGUGUGGUAUAAGAGAUCCAGCAGUGGGCCACGCUUGCAACAUUGCCGUCGUUGUCAUCAUGCUCCCCACUGUGAUCAUCGAGGGAUGGACAAUUACUUUCGUCUAUCGACGGAGGCAGGUAGCCGGGCCCAAUAUUCUCUCGACAUUGAUACGCCUCUCCAUAUUCACUUUUUUCGGAGUUUUAGCGAUCGCAAUCAGUUUUUCAUCCCGCCACUUCAAGACUGCGAUACAGAUGGCUGUUGGAAACAUUCUGCAGUCUUUGCCUCCUUUAGCGUUCAUUAUUCUCUUUGGACUCCAGAGGGACAUCCUUGACACCUGGGCGUUUUGGCGUCGGGAACCACUUGGAAGGCCAAGGGAGCCGAAUAGAGCUAGUCGGAUGACCAUUGCUUGA